GUUCGCUGGGAUUGACAGGACGCUUGCAGCAGCAGUACCUCUCAAGACGAAGGAAAAAAUAUAUCCGGCGAAACUCGUAGGACUUUGAGGGCUGGGAGGGGAAAAAGCGUUACGAAUACAUUUCAGACAUAACAAAAAGACAUUAAUCUGCAACUCCAACCUUUGGCUCGCCGUUCCUCCCUCACGUGCGCGGCUGCUCCAGAUUCUGCUCGCGCCUGUGCUAACCGGAGCGCGCGCCCGCUUUCGCUCACACAAACCAGUGUGAUCCGCUGAAAAAGACCGAACUCCGGUGCGAACCGACAGCGUUUGACCAGAGAGCAUGGCUGACCGGGAACAACUGAUCCAAAGAGCCCGUCUGGCGGAGCAGGCGGAGCGCUAUGAUGAUAUGGCCUCCGCGAUGAAGCUGGUCACAGAGUUGAAUGAGCCCCUGUCCAACGAAGACCGCAAUUUGCUCUCAGUGGCCUACAAGAAUGUGGUGGGGGCUCGGCGGUCCUCUUGGCGCGUAAUAUCCAGCAUUGAGCAGAAGACGGCGGCGGACGGCAACGAGAAGAAGCUGGAGCUUGUGCGUGUCUACCGAGAGACGGUGGAGAAGGAGCUGGAGUCAGUGUGCCAAGAUGUCCUAACCCUGCUGGACCAGUACCUCAUCAAGAACUGUGACGAAACCCAGGUGGAGAGCAAGGUCUUCUACUUGAAGAUGAAGGGUGACUACUAUCGGUACCUGGCCGAGGUGGCCACUGGUGAAAAGAGGGCCUCUGCUGUCGAAUCAUCUGAAGGGGCUUACAAAGAGGCUUUCGAUAUUAGCAAGGGCAUGCCUGCCACCCAUCCUAUUCGCCUGGGCCUGGCACUCAACUUUUCCGUCUUCUACUACGAGAUCCAAAAUGCACCCGAACAGGCCUGCCAGCUCGCCAAGGAAGCCUUCGAUGAUGCUAUCGGCCACCUGGACAAUCUGAACGAAGACUCCUAUAAGGACUCCACGCUCAUCAUGCAGCUGCUGCGGGACAACCUCACCCUGUGGACCAGCGACCAGCAGGACAGCGAAGGAGGGGAUGCGAAUAACUGAAGGAUCAGCCGUGACCGCUCUUACUUCUUGCUGUAGCAGCACCCGUCUGUCUUCUUCAGUCUUUUUUCUCUCUGUCUGCUCCUUCAUCCUCUCUCCCUCUCUUUCUCCAUUCCAUCUUUCCUGUCUCUUUGUGGCGCCUCAAUGCUCUUCUUUGGUUCCUCAGGGCAGCACUUCACACUGACUUUUGAUUGCUCUCACAAUCCUUUUACCCCCUUUUCCACCAACAGGAUGUCGGUACUUGGAACUGUUGAGGAUAAAAUAUUUUAUCACAGGAUAAAAUAGAAAGAAAAAAGAAAAUUGUUACAUUUUUACUUCACAAUUCGGACAGUUUUUUGGCCAUUUUGCUUGCAAAAGUCAGAAUUGUAAGAUAUAAACUUUAAAAAAAAUUCAAUCUGAUAUUAUAUCUUAAAAUUCUAUUGCUUAAAAUUGCAAAAUACAAAGAUGCAAUCCUGAAACAGGAGUGAAAUAUCAUUUUAGACCCAGAUUUGUGAGAAGAAAAGAUGAAAUUCAAAGAGUUUACAUUUAAAGUUCAAACUCUUUUCUCAGAAUUACAGGUUUGUCUUUUGCGAAUUUGACUUGCAGUGAAAAAAAGAACUGCAGAAAGUUGAACAUUUCUAAAAUAUUACUUUGCAUGUUUGAUUUAAAAUAUUUAAAAAAGGAUUUGGCAACACGCAUUAUUAAAAAAACAAUAAAAUGACUUUAAAUAUUCACGUGUAAACUUGCUGCAUUUAAAAGCAUAUGACCGCAAACUACGAUCCAUUAUAUAUUACACAUGAUGCACACUGACUUUGAAUGCUAAUAUAUUCACAAGACACAUAAGAAAACACAUUAAAGCCUCAUGUUAUUUGUCAGUCAUCAGUGAUGUCAUUGUUCGACCCUCAUUCGAAUUCUGAUACAAUUCUGUGAAGAAGGGGUGUUUAUAUAUCCUCAAUUGUUCUGUUUUCCCUCUCUCCCCCUGUCCCUGACUUCGGUUUCUGUAUACGAUUCUCUUCUUUCUCCCUGCGACGAGUUGCUGAUAGCCUGCUGGUCUCCACGUGACAUUUAUUUAGUGUGUUUUUGUUAAGGACUCGAUCUUCGUAGAAUCGCUGUAACACCUAUUACAGGAUGAGAUCUUGAGAACAUGGCACAGUAUAGUGCUAAUGCUACACCUUAUUACGUUGUUCUUCUUCUUCACUUGUCUUUGAUCUGUACCUCCAUCACUGCUUAGAUGUGUUUGUCGUUCCCCAAAGCUCACCUUGUACACCUUGCUAGCCCUGUGAAUUGUGUACAUCUGCUGAUCUCACAACAGUUCGUCGCCAUGUGAAAUGUGGGCGACUCUCUUUUGUGAGACUCAGAGAUCAAGAGUCUUUUGAUUAGGAUUACAUAUGCAAGGUUAUGAAAGAAUGACAUUAAAGACAUUGCUUACCAUGGGAACUGUCAAAA